CAGGGCGGGUACCAAGCGUGAAGCGUAGAGAAGGGUCACCCCCAGCCGUGAGCAGUCUGAGUCUGCUGAGUACUGUAAGUGUUUGCUGACCAUCAUGGUGCAGGCCUGGUAUAUGGACUCGUCUGACGAAGACCAGAGGAAGCCACAUCAACUGCAGCCUCAGCAACCCGUGAGCGUGCAACAGCUUGAUGAGUUAGGGGUGAGCUCUUUUAAGCUAGAUGCUGAUAAUUAUGAAACUGAUCCAGAGCUGGCCAAGAUCCGCAAGGAGAAGAAUUACAAUUGGAUGGAUAUAAUAACCAUACACAAAGACACCCUGCCAAAUUACGAGCAGAAGUUAAAAAUAUUUUAUGAGGAGCACCUUCACUUAGAUGACGAAAUUCGCUACGUUCUUGAAGGAAGUGGAUACUUUGAUGUACGAGACAAGGAGGAAAGAUGGAUCCGCAUUUUCAUGCAGAAAGGAGAUAUGAUAACGCUACCCGCUGGCAUUUAUCAUCGCUUUACAUUGGAUGAAAAUAAUUAUAUCAAGGCAAUGAGACUGUUUAUCGGAGCUCCUGUUUGGACGCCAUAUAACCGCCCUGCUGAUAACUACGAAGCACGACAUAAUUACCUUCAGUUUUUAGAACAAACGGCAUAAGAAUUUUACCAUGUGCAAUUUAUAUCUUUUAAAUAAUGUUAAACAGAUAUUUUUGAAUAUCAGCAUCCAUUAUUUAUAGUAAUCUCAUUCCAAAUUACGGUAGUUAAAUGGAUUACCCUUUGGGAAGCAGAACCACAUGAAAAGUAAUGUUUUUUAGAUGAAAUACAAUGAGGAGAACUAUCUGUAUCUCUUCUAAGCACCUAGGUUUCUCACUCCGGCUACAACAUCUUCAUGCUGUCGUAAGGCAUUCACUUAGAGUUUUUUGCCCUUAAUAUAACUGUGCAAAAAUACAUGAAUAUUGUAUAUUUUCAUGAAGAAUCCAGCACAAAGACAGCAUUGUCUUACAAUGUGUACUCCCUUUGCUGUACACAAUACUGUAUGUAAUCCAUUGGGUUGCAAUUUAUUACAUCUCUAGUAAGGAAGUGGGGUAAGAAAGCUCUGAAAUUUGUACGUAAAAAAAACCCCCAUUUAAUUAAACCAAUAUCCUUUGGUUUGUCAAAAUGCUGACGAAUAUACCUGAUCUGAUUCCAUAUAUGUGGUUCAAUUAGAAUUUGUAUAUAUGUAUGGAAACACUACAUAAAAUGUUACAUUUUUAUUUCAGAUGUAGGCAUUAUACAGAAUAUAGCCUGAUCACAUCAUUACUAAAUAGCAGGCAUACAGCGGUAUUCAAAGGUUCAGCAAUCUUUUUUAUUUUUUUUAUUUUGCUAUUAAAUUCCAUUUCCUGUUAAGAUUUUUCAUCUAGCAAAUUAUACAUUGAUUAAUGUAGUUAUCUAUUGUAAUAAGAAAUAGUACAAUAAAAAAAAUAUAUAUUGUUUUUCAAAGGAAAAUAUUGUCUGAGUUUGCUAAUGGGAUAACCCUGCAAUAUGUUUUUUUCCCCCUGUAUUGAACAGUAAGCAUGCAUAAAUCAUAAUGCUUUCUUACACCCUC